AUGUUGGAGGAACUCAGAGAGAAACAUCGAGGAAAAGUUGUCAUUUUCACUGUAUUUCUGGCCUUGUUUAUUGAUCACAUUCUCUUUUCCAUUGUUGGUAUGUGCGGCUUAACGGAUUAACAUUCAAAAACAACGAUUAACUUCCGCUGUUUUUAUAAAUUUAACGAUUUUUUGCAGAAAAUCAUUCUUUUUUUUCACCUUCUAAACAAUUUCCUCUGUAUAAAUUUACCUCUCUUUUCUUAAAGCUACCGUUUUCAGUCCCAAUUCUCCCCGAUUACCUCAUCAGAAUCAAAGGAAACAACGAUUCGGCAUACCUCGAGGCUUCGUUGCAUCGGGUCAACCUUACAAAUUUCACUGCGGUCACUCAUGAAGGAGAGUAUCAUGAAGCUUUCGCGUCAACCAAUAUCCCAGUCGCGUUAUUGUUGGGAACCAAAGCGGUUGUUCAAAUUCCAGCUGGUAUUUUGGUGUCGCAUAUGACGUACAGGUAAAGCUUGUCUCCUGCUUGGUCUUGAAGGUUAGAUAUGGUGUACAACGUGGUGAAAACAUGUGAUUUUGGCAAAACCUUGUGCAAGAUGAGAUUACUAUUUUCUAAGGCAUACAUAUGCAAGACAUUUGGCUACGAUAUAAAGUGGGCAAAUCGUCUAUAGGAGCCAGAAAAUACGUCGGGGAGCCGUGCAAAGUUUUGUACUUGAUCCUGAGCUGCUGUGGCAUAGAUGGGCCAGAAUUUACUCCAAAGAAUGAAGACUCUUAUGUAAUUGUGUAAAAUGCACCAAAAGAGGUCAUACGCUAUCUCAGAACCCGAUCAAUCGUAUUAUUUCUAUUGGUUAAUCCUUCUACUAGCUUCCGGGAUGCAUACAGGAACGAAAAGAGACGACCAAUAGUACCGUCGACCCGGAAAUUAUAGGAAUUUUUUGAGGGACACGUGAUAUUGUGAUCAUCGGAUAUGGUACACAAAAAAAAAUUCGUUUUAUAACUUGCGUUUUUUUUUAUCUAAUCACAACCCCCGCUUCAGAAUUGGCUAUGCAAUUCCGGUCUUUUGCGGCUUCAUGAUCACAUUUGCCUCCUCUCUGAUGUUCGCAUUCAGCACGUCCUAUUGGAUGCUGUUGAUCGCCCGAGGAAUGAAUGGAGUUGGUGCGGGUUUCAGCGCCGUUGCUGGGAUGGGAUUUCUCGCCGACACUUUUCCCGACAACCACGAGCGAGGUCGCGCAAUUUCCCUGGCUUUUGGCGGGAUUGCUAUUGGAAUCUUGGCGGGGCCUGUGGUCGGUGGGGUCCUAUACCAUUACGGUGGGAUGGUCUUGCCGUUUGUCAGUUUGGCCACGCUUUCAUUGAUAGUCGGAUUAAUCCAGUUCAUUGUGCUCCGACCCAAAGUCUCCAAGGCUCGACCGGAGCCCACAAAUUACUCCGAAUUCCUUACCGAUCCCUAUAUCAUUAUUGUCGCUGUCGGCUUGUGGUUUGGUAACUUUGCAUUUUCAAUGUUGGAGCCGGCUUUGCCUCUGUACAUGGUGGAGAAUUGGGGCUCCAAUUCGGCGUUGCAAGGGAUUGCGUUUCUCCCCAGCUCUUUGGCCUACUUGAUUGGGGCAAAUGUCUUUGGAUUCCUAUCAAAACACUUCCGGAGAUGGCUCUGCAGCUUCGCUGGGUUCUUAAUGAUCGCCACCAUGGCUUUGGUAGUAAGUUUUGGCUUUCUUAAAAGCCAUGCCAGCUCCAUAAAGUAUCAAUAGAACGUGUCUUUAGAUCCCGUUUGCCCAAAAUAUUUACCAUCUGAUAAUUCCCAAUGCAAUUCUUGGAUUUGGUCUUGGUUUGGUUGACACGAAUCUCAUUCCAAUGCUCGGCCAUAUCGCUGAUUUACGACAUACCGCGGUCUAUGGGUCGGUGUAUGCAAUCGGCGAUGCGGCGGCGUGUUUAGCGUUUGCUGUGGGACCGUUCGUCGCUGGACCGGUGGUUCGGUACUAUGGAUUUUUAACGUGAGUUAAGGUUACAUUUUAAAGAAGGAAUAAUUUUUUAUAACGAAUGGCGAAAGUGAUACUAGCAACUGUACUAUUUAUAGUAGCGUUUGACACAAUUUUAGAUGGCAAUUUUUGAAAAAUUUAAUUUAAUGGUCCCUUGCAAAAACAACUGAAUAUGUCCAAUAUUCUGAGACAGUAAAGGUGAAUAUCUCAGUAAUCAAUAUUUAUGCUACAAGGACUGCUUUCAGAAAAUUUUAAAACAAUUUCACCUGGUCAUUCCGAGAGUUACCCUUUGUUUCAUUGAAUAUUUAAAUAGUACAGUAAUCACCGUUUCCCCCUUUUUCAGACUGAUGAUUGUAAUCUCUGUUUCGAAUCUCAUCAUCGCGCCUUUUAUGUUCGUUCUCCGACGACUUCCAGAGACUGUGGAAAAGAAGGCAGAGAUCUCUGCCGCUUCAGAGAACCCGUCAUUUUCUUCAUCAUCUGAUAACACAAAAGAAAAAUCAGAAGCAACCCUUGCCGAAGCCGUCUGUUAA